AUGGACGACCCGCAAGUGAUCCUCGGCGUCUCCAGGAGCCAAGUGUGCGCCAGAAUGGAGCACAACGGCAUGGAUCGCGAUAUGGUGGAGUACGGCUACAACCUGAUGCUCUACUGCGUGUACGCCUACAUCCCGGACCCGCCCGUCUCCCCCGCCGCCACCCUCUCGCUAUCCGGCGUCCCCGACGGCGUCGACCGCAUCAGCCGCCUCCCCGAUGCGGUCCUCCGCGACAUCGUCUCCCGCCUCCCCGCCAAGGACGCCGCGCGCACCGCCGCCCUCGCCUCGCGCUGGCGCUCCAUCUGGCGCUCGGCGCCCCUCUCUCUUGUCGACAGCCAUCUGCUCCCGGACGGCGGCGCGUCCGGGCCGUUCAUCAUCGGCGCUCCCUCUCCCCGCGCCAUCACUGCCGCGGUCUCCAGCGCCCUCGCGGCGCACCCGGGGCCUUUCCGCUGCGUCCACCUCACCCGUGGCACCAUGGACGAGCACCGAGGCGAGAUGGCGCGCUGGAUCGACAUCCUCGUCGCAAAGGGGGUCCAAGAGCUCGUAUUUGUGUCAACCGCCCUUGGCCGAUUGACCUGCGCCUCCCCGCCACUCUUCAGCUGCGCCUCCCUCACCCGCCUCUGUCUUGGCGUCUUUAGGCUCCCGGACACCGCCGCCGUGCCGCGCGGCGCCAGAUUCCCCAACCUCCGGGAGCUCAUCCUCUGCUUGAAUACCAUGGAAGAGCGUGAUCUCGCCUUCUUGCUUGAGAGAAGCCCCGUCCUGGAGUUCCUCUUCAUCAUGGGAAACCAGGCCGGCGGAGUGCGCCUCCGCCUUGUCAGCCACAGCCUGCGGUGCGUUCAGCUCGGCUUCUCCUUCUCAGCUUGCAAUACUAGUGGGCAGUGGCUAUGUUUAUGCAUGUCCCGCCGCAUAUCUGAAGAGUCCACUGGCAAGGUCAAUCUCAGGUUCUGGCAGGAAGGCGGUCCCAUCAAAUGCGUCAUGGAGAGCACGAAGAAGGUGUUCUUUUACGAGUUCAGAGGGACGAGAAGCGAGGUUACUUUCCUCAAGUUUGUCGCGGAGAGAGCUCGGGUGCUGGAGCAGAUGGUGGUUGUGGUGACCAGGGAAUGUUUCUCCUCGGGGGAUGAUAACGUGAGCGCCAAGCUCAAGCCUCUGACCACUUGCAACUAG